AUGCAUGAUGUGGUUCGAGAGAUGGCAUUGUGGAUAGCAUCUGAUUUUGGGAAGGAUAAAGAGAGAUGUAUCGUGAAAGCUGGUGUUGGUUUACCUGAAGUACCAACUGUGGAGAACUGGAGAUCUGUGAGAAGAAUGUCUCUGAUGGACAAUGGGAUUGGAAAUAUAUCUGACAGCCCUAAUUGCCCUGAGCUUACAACUCUGCUCUUCCAAAAAAAUGAGAUCGUGAAUAUCUCAGAUCAACUGGUAAAUGCUUACAGAGAAGCAAAUGCUAUUCAAGCGAUAUCUAUUCGUUUCAUUGAGGAGGAAUCAAUAUUGAAUCUUCCAGAUAUGGCGGCUCUCAGUAAAUUAGAUAUGUUCCGAAGUGGAAUGGUGGAGGUAAAUGUCAUGAGGAGUACAUCAUCAUGGAACAAAAAUCCAACAACUCCAAGCUUCCCAAACCUCUCUACAGUGACUUUAAGCUAUUGCCAUGGUCUAAAAGACUUGACAUGGCUUUUGUUCGCACCAAACCUUAAGGCUCUUUACGUUGUUAGUUCAGCUCAAGUGGAAGAUAUAAUCAGCAAAGAAAAAGCUGCGAAUAUUCUCACAGAGGAGGUCGGUACCAUCAUUCCUUUUCGGAAAUUAGAGCAUUUCCAAGUGAACAGUUUGCCACAGCUGAAGAGCAUCUACUGGAAUCCUCUCCCUUUCCCACGUUUGAGAAAUUUCAGCAUAGUAAUGUGUCCAAAUCUGAGAAAGCUUCCAUUGAAUUCUAGAAGUGGCAGCAGUUUUGAGGGUGAAGAGCUUGUCAUACAUAAUGGAGAACAAGAGUGGAUAGAUAAGGUUGAAUGGGAAGAUGAAGCGACUAAAGAGCGUUUCCUACUUUCCUUCAAUCCUGCCCUCUAUUGA